AUGGCUAAUUCUCCUCACGGUGGUGUUCUUAAAGAUUUACAUAUUCGAGAUGCUCAUAAACAUGAUGAAUUGCUUCUUGAAUCUGAAACUUUACCUUCUAUCGUAUUGACAGACCGUCAAUUAUGCGAUUUGGAACUUAUCAUGAAUGGAGGAUUCUCUCCUUUAGAAGGAUUUAUGAACCAAUCUGAUUACCAAAGGGUUCUAAACGAACUUCGACUAACAAAUGGUUGUCUAUUUUCAAUGCCUAUCACUUUGGAUGUUUCUGAAUUUGAUAUCAAAGCAUUGGAUCUUGCUCCAAAUAAACGUGUAUUAUUACGUGAUCCUCGUGAUGAUUCAAGAUUAGCUAUUCUAACUGUUCAAGAUAUUUAUCGACCAAAUAAAAUUGAAGAAGCAACAAAAGUUUUUGGUGAUAAUGAUCUUGCACAUCCUAGCGUAAAAUACCUUCAUAAUCAUGUUAAAGAAUACUAUGUUGGCGGGAGUGUUGAAGCGAUUAAAGCUCCUAUCCAUUAUGACUAUAUAGCUCAUAGAUAUACACCAACCGAACUUAGAGCUCAUUUCAAAAAACUUAAUUGGACACGCGUUGUAGCUUUUCAAACUCGAAAUCCAAUGCAUCGAGCUCAUCGUGAAUUAACUGUUAGAGCUGCUAGAAUUCGACAAGCAAAUGUUCUUCUUCAUCCUGUAGUUGGUUUAACAAAACCUGGUGAUAUUGAUCAUUACACGAGAGUUCGCGUAUAUCAAGCUUUAAUGCCAAAAUAUCCUAAUGGAAUGGCUACUCUUGGUUUAUUACCUUUAGCUAUGAGAAUGGGUGGUCCAAGAGAAGCUCUUUGGCAUGCAAUUAUUAGAAAAAAUUUUGGUGCUUCGCAUUUCAUUAUUGGUAGAGAUCAUGCUGGUCCUGGAAAGAAUUCAAAAGGUGUUGAUUUUUAUGGUCCUUAUGAUGCACAGGCAUUAGUUGGAAAAUAUAAGGAUGAAUUACAAAUUGAAGUUGUACCAUUUCAAAUGAUGACUUAUAUUCCUGAAUCUGAUGAAUAUAUGCCUAUCGAUGAAAUACCGAAAGGUACUCAAACAUUAAAUAUCUCGGGCACUGAAUUACGAAGACGUCUUAGAGGUGGCCUUCAUAUUCCAGAAUGGUUUUCUUAUCCUGAAGUUGUAAAAGUACUUCGAGAUACACAUCCUCCAAAAUCAAAGCAAGGCUUUACCUUAUUCCUUACUGGUUAUUAUAAUUCCGGUAAAGAUUUGAUUGCUAAAGCUUUACAAGUUAUACUUAAUGAACAAGGUGGAAGAACUGUUAGUUUGUUAUUGGGCGAAAUCGUACGUAGUGAACUUUCAUCUGAAUUGGGUUUUACAAAGAAAGCUCGAGAUCAAAAUAUUGCCCGUAUAGGGUUUGUCUCGGCUGAACUUACAAAAGCCGGUGCUGCUGUUAUUGCUGCACCAAUCGCUCCGUAUGCAGAUGCACGAGCUCAUGUAAAGCAAGCAAUAGAACAAUAUGGUGGAUUCUAUUUGAUUCAUGUUAAUUCACCUCUAGAAUUUUGUAUUUCAACUGAUAGAAAAGGUGUCUACAAGAAAGCACAAGCUGGUGAAAUUAAAGGUUUUACAGGCAUUGAUGACCCAUAUGAAGCACCAACUGAUGCGGAUAUUGUAGUUGAUCCAAGUAAACAAAGCAUUAGUGAGAUUUGUCAUCAAAUCAUCUUGUUACUCGAAAAGUUCAAAAAAGUACUCACGAAGGCGGUUCUCACGAAGGCAGCAAGAAACCGAGUCAGCAAAAAUUAUUAUUCAAUUAUACAAAGUUCAUCAAAGCAAUUACGGAAAACUAUGCAAACUUUGGCAUACUUUUUGGAUGAGCAAGAAAAACUUCAAAAAAUUAUGAAUCAAAUGUUAACAGUAUUAAAUAACACACCCCAAGGAUCUCUCAAAGAAGAACUUGAACAUUUACGUUAUAGGGUAGAACUUGAACGUGUUAUGAGCCUGGAAGCCAAAUUUACAAGAAAGCAACUUGCGAAAGUUGCUAUUGAUUUACCGAGAAUGUCUAAAAGUAAAAGGAUAUUUGGUAAUGAAAACUAUACUAUGAUUUUUACAAUUAAUAUCGCUGACGACUCAUUAGAAAUGCGAUACAUGUAUAAAGAGAAUGUUAAAACUGCAUCACAAUUCUCAGAUGUAACAAUGUUAUCACAGGACUCAACAAUAUCAACUGUUUUAUCACAACAUUCUUCUUUGUUAAAAAGAAGCCCUAUCGUGUUAGAAGACGAAGAAUUUUUAUUUUUUAUGUAUUCCUACAUUACAACAAAACAACAAAUUAAUAUGGAAUGGGCAAUCGUUUACUCGAUUUUCAAUCAAUUUAAUUUGCUUUCUAAGCAUAUUGAAAGUCAAAAUUUUGAAUAUGAAGAUGCUAAAAAUAAAGAAAUAAGCAAAUUGAUCAAGAAUUCUAUGUCAACUGAAGGAGUAGAGAGAGCUGAAACAGCUCGUUUGAAAAGAGUUUUUGACCUGGUAGAUUAUGUAAGAAAAACAAUAGAAAAAGAUCAGAUCGAUCUAGAAACUUUUCUUGAAAAAAUUAGGCCUUUAAAUUUUACUUUUAAUUAUCUGAAAGAAGUAGAACCUGAAGAAUUUAGAAAUCUUGUCAAUUUAGUAUUGGAAAAAAUAAAGAAUUAA